AUGGUGGACACCGGGAGUUCCGCCGACAUCCUGUAUUUCGACGCGUUCCAGAAGCUUGGCCUAGCCAAAGAAGACCUUACUCCGAUGCCGUUGGCACUCACUGGGUUCACGGGAGACUCCAUCUUGCCCCUCGAUACCGUUAUUCUGCCAGUUAUCUUAGGGGAAGAGCCGAGAUCCAAGAAUGUCAUGAUGACUUUUAUUGUUGUGGAGUUCCCCUCGGUGUACAAUGCCAUCCUGGGCCGCCCGACCGUCAACAAGUUCAGAGCCGUCAUCUCCACCUACCAUCGGGCGAUAAAGUUCCCAACACGAGCCAGGGUCGGGGAGGUGCGGAGCGCCCCACAGGGAAUCAAUCAAGACAAUGUUACCUGGAGACCAUCAUACUAUCGAAGAGACAGAAGCAUGAGCAGCCCGUCGUCGACCCUCGGGACGUUGCAAAACCGCAUAACCAGUGAAGCAGAAGCCGCGGAAGCUGGCUCCCAACCGACAAAGGCGGUAAGCGAUGAAGUAGAGCGUUUGCUGGCGGCGGGAUUCAUAGCCGAGGCAAAAUACCCCCGUUGGUUAUCCAAUAUAGUCCUCGUUAAAAAACCUAAUGGAAGCUGGAGAAUGUGCGUUGACUACACCGACCUUAACCGAGCAUGCCCAAAGGACUGUUAUCCAUCCCCGAGGAUCGACCAACUGGUCGAUGCAACCUCGGGGCAUGAGCUUCUUUCGUUCAUGGACGCCUUCUCGGGAUAUAAUCAAAUCAAAAUGGCCCCUGAGGACCAGGAACAUACAGCCUUCAUCACACACCGAGGAGUCUACUACUACAAGGUCAUGCCAUUCGGGUUAAAGAAUGCCGAGGCGACAUACCAAAGAAUGGUGAACAAGAUGUUCGCUCACUAG